AUGGCAGCCCGAAACCUGCCCACAAGCCCCAGCUAUUUCCUUGACGGCAUGGUGGAUAUUGACAAGGCUUGGACUGGCUCCCCUGUAACUACGCCGCACCUGGGAGGAGCGUUCGCAGAGCCAACACCGGCUUCAGUGGCCGAGCGCAGCAAUGGUGAUGAAGCGUUUGAUCUACAGAAAUCGCUCUCAGCAGUUCACACCAUGUUGACAUGGGUGUAUGAGAACCAACGCAAGCUUGAGCAGUUGUUCAGCUCUUUGCAGACGAAAGUGGACUCGAUGCAAAAGCAGCUCGAAUCGUUGCAUUACCAACAGCCUCCUAGCCAAUGCUCGGGCUCCGAGUAUAGCUACGCCGCAGUUGAUGACUACGAGGCUGAAAUAACUGAUGACUCAUUCUCCUCUACCCAUUCCUUGUCGGAGGAGGAGUUCCGCCUUGAGGAUUAUUUCUAA